AGUCCCUAAAUGUCCUAGACGACAGUAGUGAAUGUGAAAGCGCAUAAAUAUUGGCUUUCCUAAUCCUCGAGGCCGGCCCCCAUCUCUUAUUCCCGAACAAGAAACAUACACUGUUUGGCUUCGCCUGCACUCACUUUUCUCCAUUUCUUUAUUCCCCCUUUUACAGUAGCUUUUCACUUCUUUAUAUUCCACUUGUCUCUCUUUGUAAUUCAAAUUGUUUUCUUCUCCCCCAUAUAAAUCCAAUCCCUACUCUCUUCCCUUGAGGACCCCAAUUUGUAUUUGGAUAUACUCCUUGAGCCUUUUGGGUUUUAACUUUCCAAGCCAUGAAGAUGGUUUCUUCCCCUGAAAAUGAAGAAAAACGGGAAUGUUCAAGGUAUAAAGCAGAGGAACAGGAAGAAGAUGAUGAUGAAGCACUGUCGUUGUCUGAUUUACCAGUCAAUUUGAUUGAGGAUGACAACCAUUUACGGGAAAGUAAAGAGGGAGAAUCUCAAGCAAUCAAAACAGAGGAAGACUUUGAUUUUGGCUCAUGGGGUGGGACCAUUUCAGCAGAGCCUGCAGAAAUGUGUGCUGCGGACGAGGUUUUCUUCCAAGGCCAAAUUCUACCACUACGUCUCUCAGUUAGUUCCGACAGUGGCUUGACUGGGUUCCGCAACGACAGCCGGAUUCCCAGCCGGUGCAUAUCCAGGUCAGAGUCCAUGGACCAUGGAACGGUAAGUAGGCUCACGAGUCUUAGUAGCAGAAGCAGCAGUUCUGGAAGCCGCAUUUCGUCGAGCAGUUGGAGUUCUAUUACUAAUACCACCACCAGAAAUCCCAAUUCCAAGCCAAACAGAAUCAGCAACAAUUUCCACACACACCCAAGUCCCAAACCCCAAAUUAUAGUCUCCAAAUCUCGACCCAGCAACGUGGGUAGCCGGAGCCAGAGAUCUUCAGUGUGGGAUUUUUUCAGAUCGGGUCUAGUUCGUGCGCCGGAAAUCGAAUUGCAAGACCUCAAAAUCCGAAAUACCCAAAAUAAAGCAACCAGAACUUCCGUCAGCCGUAACAGCAGUUGCAGCAGUAGCAACAGCAGCUCCGACACCAAGAUUAAGAACCAGAACCCCCAGCGAGGAGGGUUCUUUAAUGGGUGCAAGUGUUCUGUGAGUGCACUCGAGACAGUACCAUUGAACAACAUCGUCGUCAUCAAAACCAGUAAGAAGGAGAAACCGCCCGCCAUUGCUGCGGAAAGGAAAGGUUUUCCAGAGCUGAAGAUGAAAAAGAAAAUGAAGGAAAAGGAAAAGGAGAAGGAAAAGCAGGACGGAAAGCAGGCUUUGUCACGGCAUAGAACGUUUGAAUGGUUAAAGGAGCUUUCAAAUUCACAUGCAGGCUAUGGUGAUGAGUGCUGAGGAGGCUCAACUCAUGGAGGAAGGAUGCCCGCAUGCUUCUUUUGCUAUUCUUUCAUCAUUAUCGUUUUCCCAUUUUUAGGUCUUUGUUUAGUAUUUUAUUCUUGGAUUAUAUUGAAAAUACUUCCAUAGGUGGAGCCUCCUUUCCAAGGUCUCUCUUUGACUUGUGAGGGAUUUCAUGUUAAUUUUUUUUCAUGUAUUGUGUAGUUUAGAAUAUAUUAAAUUGUAUAAUUUAAA